CAGCCCAAAAAUUACAAAAAACACCCUCUCUCGUUUCGAUGAGGUUUUGGUGCGUGAUAAAAACGUGAAAUCACAGCAACCAUCGCAAAUCGUAGCGCGGUAAAGUGUGAAGCGAGUGUUUCCGUCCUGCCGUACAAGUUUCUCAACAGAACGGUGCGCGAUUUGCGGCUACGAGUUGGCCGGUCGGUGGUAAAUAUACCGUGGACCGUGGAGAAGGAGACCGGACGAACCGGAACCACAUCCCGUGGCGGCGUAACUGAGGCGGGUUGAGAUGGUCAACGACGGUAACCGGCGCCCGUUCAACCCGAUGGCGAACCGGCAACGGUUCAAACCCGGCGGCGGUGGGCCGCCCCAAUCCGCGAUGAAUCGUGCUAUGCUGUACGACGCAAAUCAGCUCGGAGACAACCCGGGGUUCCUCGAUUUCAAUGACGAUUCCAUAAGCUUCUCAUCGAGUGGAAACAGCGGAUCCAAUUCCAGCACAGCCAACACAGCAGGAGGAAUCACGAACGGAGCGGAAGACAGCCAAAAUGGGCCCGGAAUCAACGGAAAUAGGCGCAUGAAGCGACCGAUGAAGAACGGCACCGGCGGAGGCAUGCGUCCGCGAAUGAACGGCCCAAACUGGGGACCACCGAUGGCACCGCCCAAUUCCUUUGCAGGACCUUUGCAAGCUGGUAGACGCGGCCAAAUGCACCCUCCGGCGAUACCACCACCACCUCCUCCCGGGGGUCACUUUCGGAAUGGUGGUCCGGGGAUGGGAAUGCGGAUGCGCGGUCCGCACAACGUCAGAUUCGGCGGUGGUCCUCCGAGGCCGAUGCCCCUACUAUCCAUGAAUGCACCUCUUCCUCCUCCAGUGCCACCGAUGGGUGGUGGUCAACCGAUGCCUCCACCUCCCGGCAUGGGCCGAAUGCUGCCACCACCGAUACGACCGCACGGUGGUAUGAUGCGGCGACAGCCGAAUGGCCUUUUCCCGGGUCCGCGAAUGCAUGCUUUCGCUCGAAACGGAAUGGCACCACCGAACGGCAGUGCGAACGGGAAUCGAAUGGGUGCACGGGCAAAGCCUACUCAGCCCAACCGAGAUCCGUUCGCUCUCGACAAACCGUGGGUUACGGAACAGAUCAAGGCCGAACACGACAAGAAAGAGGAACUCGCCAACCGGCUGAAGGGACACCGUGAUGAUGCCCUUUUUGCGCAGUUUAAGGAGCAACGGGAUAAAUUUGUAAAAAUGUACGAAUCCGCCCGCCUAGAAUUCAUUGGCAAGCAGCAAUCGGAGCACCAGCAGAAGGAUGUUGAUAAGAACUUGACUGAACCUGUGUGCAAAAAGGCUCGCGUUGAAAAUGAAAACGAACCGAGCGGUACGAUAACUAACGCACCGGUCGAACAAGGUACCACGAGCAGUAGCGUGGCCACCACGGUAACGGCCACUCCUGUAGAAACGCCCGUUGAUAUACAGGAAAGUGUGAACGACGGCGUCCCUUCUAUUGCUGCCACUUCUUCUACUACUGCUACUACUGUCACUAUUUCUUCUUCUUCGUCUAAUCCCUGCGAAAUUAGCGAUACCAAUGAAGGCUCUAAAAUCCCCUCCGCUCCUACCGAAGUUGAAAGCGUGACAGAGGCAACCGAUGCCGCAGAUGCUUCGGGCACUGCUAAAGCCAAGAUCUCGUAAAGUAGUGCUCGGUCAAGUGUUAGGUCAUGUACAUCCUGCUAGUAGAUUUUUACUUCGCAUUGAAAUGAGUGAUGAACAGAAAUGACGAGAGAAAUAGACAAAUAUUUCAUCAGCAUUACAGGUCUUCUGCUACUGUACAUGUCUCUGAGCGCAGAGUUCGUUGGUUGAUAGUAAAUAGAAAACCAAAGAACUGGGACGAUUAGCGUUGUAAGGCGUCUUUUAACACAUUGUUACCCUCCUCCACGUUCAGGACCUAUACGAACCAUUAUCACAAUCAUGUGGAAGAUACAAAUGAAAUAAAACAUUUAUCAUAUUUACAAACGUAAUACAGUAUAAGAACAAACCUAGAGCCCACCAAUUAGCUCAAGCCGUUUAAAACCGUUUGAAAAGUGGAGGCGAGGAAUUCCCCUUCACAGAAAACCAUGCCCGUAAGGCUUCGUAAGAUCGCAUCGCACGGUAUUUUAAAGCUUCUAGCGUUGUUCGAUCUUGGCAGCAGAUAGCAAGUAAUUUGGGAAUGACAAACCGUUGCCUCUUAAAUUUAUUCAAGACCUUUUGGUAGGGCAUUGGGGGAGGAAUGCAGUGCAUUCGGUGCACUAAGAGUCUAUCCAGCACCAGACCAUGAGACAAGAAUAUCGAUUAUCGAAGAAAAUCAUCACAGCAGCAAGUCAUCAGAAAGGAUAAAUGCCAAAUAUACUGGAUUCAGAAGGAAAGUACACACAAGUACACAUUUUUAGUAUAGUAGAUAACAUGCUUGGACUGAACUGAAAACAAGAGAAAUCCUUUGCUGCUCCGGUAGUGUAGAAGACAAAGUUUGUAGAAAAAACGUUUAAAAAGGCGUAGAAAGGAUGAGAUGAUGAGAGUGAAACGGAGUACAGAUUCGAUCGAUCGAUUACAGCAAAAUGCAUUCGUCUUAAUAUUUGUCUACGUAGUAACACGGAAAACCGUAGCAGCGAUACCGUGUGUUCCUUUCUUGAUUGCAAGCCAUUUUCUCUUGUUAUUAAAAUCAUUUCCCUGCGCUCCCUUAUUUAUGCAUAAAAAGCAAAUGUUAAAUACUUUUACUCAACGAUAUUUUGUACAGUUCCAAAUAUUGCGACAUAUCAAUUUUAUAAUUCAGCGCAAUCCUUUCCUGUGCAGCUUGUAUAUUAAUAGUACCGUAGAGCAUUUGAGGGGGUUACCUUUAGAUGUAUGUUUAUUUGCUUUGUACACGUUUGGUUUAAUGCUGAUUGAUUUAAGAACCAACUUUACCUCAUCGCCAGCAUAUUAUGUUUCAGCGCACGAAACGGUUACUGAUUUUAAGGCACGUGUUGGACGAACGAUCCACAAGAUAUAGCAAAAAUAUUCUAUCGCGUUAGUCAGUCUUUGCUCACCAUCAUGUAGAGUUGGUAGAUGAUUUCAGUAUCUGCAUCGGUGUGUAGCAGAAGAGUUGCAAUAAUUAAAUCUCGUUUGAUGUUCUAUCGAAGCACCCCACGUCUACGAUUAAUGGGUGCAGGAGGCCAAGAAAUCGUCACGACAACACAAGGCCAAAGCCCUAUCCUGCUGAAGGAGAAUGGAAUUGAAUCAUCAUACCCUAGAUGGGCUACCUUGGGGACGAAGUAUGAUUGCGUUUUCCUCAUUUCUGUUUGUUUUUGAGUAGCAGGACCAAGGAUUGAUUUGUUUAAAGACACAACUAUAUGGUUUUACACGUGUUGAUAGCAGAGUUUUUAAAAUAUGACAAUUUUGCUAGCAUUUUCCUAUCGUCUUUAGGCAAUGGGUGACUAGUCGGAGGCGUGUGAAUGAAGGAAUAUUUAAGUAAAAGUAUUGAAGUGUACGCGCUAAUCAUUAUAUACAGCAAAGUAAUCGGAGCGUCUCGUGGAACUGAAUAAAAUGAAUUGCUAUCCUUACCACCUGAAGAACGAAUUGUAAGUUCGCUUCAAAUAUUGAGAAAAAAUCCUUUCUCCGAACGGUGUAGACAAAGCUGUGGAUCGCGCUCCAGUUUCCAUGUGCCCACGAAGCACGCG